UGCGACUUUCAUUACCUUAGUACUUUAUUGGUUAUAUGGACGUAUUAUAACGGGGCGGCGACCUUAAAACAGGUGUUAUUUCGGGUGCAAAGUGGCCAUUGUACAACAAUUUCUCUCGCACAGCGGCGCUCUCGCACGCUCUCGUGGUUCCUUUGUGAUUGGACGUGAUGCAUGAUGGCGGCGCCCAUCUCAGAACGUUGUAAGAUACAAAUCUUGGGACAUUCCUACGUCAAACGUCUUCGGGAUUUCAUUCGUCAGUCGAGCACGUUGCAGUUUCACUUGGGCUUACAAGGUUCUCCACUGAUUCAAUAUACAGGCUUUCCCGGCGCUACUGUGUCCACGUUACGUCAUCAUUUGGACACAGUUUCGGAUUUCGAACCGGAUAUUCUCGUUCUUGUCAUCGGAACAAACGACGUGUAUUCCAACGAUGUGACUCCACUGAGUGUUGCAGCGAACAUUACCGACUUAGUGGACACGUUAUUGUUUGUUCACCGUAUCCCAAAAGUGAUCGUUCUGCAGACGCUUCACAGACAACCAUGUCUUGUGCAUACCAGAUUUCCAGUUGACAUACAUUGGUUCAAUGCGAGAGUUGACGACCUUAACAUGCUGCUGAUGGACAGGCUCAACCACACCAAACAUCACCGUUCCUAUUUAUGGCGUUUAAAGGGUUUCUGGUCACCCGAAUGCAAACACCGGAAUUUUGCCCCGGAUGGCUGUCAUCUGUCUCAUGACGAUGAAGCCAACGAAGAAACGUAAACGGGCCAAUUCCACGCCUGCCUGUGCAUGCUGCGCCACAGCGACCCGACCAAAAGGGGUCCAGGACACUGCACCGCUGGUGGCUUCGCCUCUCUUGGGCUCCUCUGACCAUCCCAAACAAGCUAAACAGGGGAAGUCCAGAAAAAGAACUGCUGUUCAAACUCCGCCUCUCCAGAGGUCGGUCGCUAAUGGACCUAACCUCCCACUCUCCCCCCAAUUGGACACUGUUGAUGAUCCGCUGGACCUACCAGUUAUGACUUCUUCUCCUCCAAGGGACUGCGACGCGGAACUUCCGUUCCAACAACCCCAUCAUCAGACCGCUGGUGCUCCACAGGGAUCCCUGCUGGACACCUUCGCCGCGCCAGGACAAUUUUCAGUGCCACACCAGGGCCUUCACAACCAUAUGAACAUUUCAUCGGAUUCAGACAGUGACGAUAACGCCCAGGACAUGCCACACUUUCUUCAGGCCCAUUCAGCGAAUUUGUUGCCAGGUAACGGUGUUCACUUCACAGAGCCAAUAAGUACUCCUAUCAUUAAUCAAAUCCCCAAAUCAACCCGUAAAGACAUUUGGUCUAACCGUUUCGUUGAUUUCGCAUCUCUUUUGCCUUCCACCACUUCUCCAGCCACUCCUCAAUAUACUUUACAGUUAGACAGCAACUCCAACAUCUCCUUCCAACCGACCUCACGCUCACGAAAAAUAACUUCUAUUGACUCUUGGACAACUGCUUUCCUCCGUUUCACUGCCAUUUACACGGCUAAAUUUCCAUUUGAAACUGCCCAGCUUAUGAAGUAUGCUGAAAUCGUGCGUGACAUCGCAUCCCGUCGCCCAGGUCUGGCUUUCUUGAAUUAUGAUUCUCAGUUUCGAAUGCUUCGACAAUCUGUCCUCCUCCCGUGGGAUCGACUCCACACGGAGUUCUGGUUAAUGGCCUGCACUUCCUUUCAACAGCCUACUCCCCAGUCCUUUCGAGCCCCCCGUCAACCUCUCCGAUCCUUUCGAUCUAGCCCACAAACCCACUCACGACCUUUCCAUUCCAACAUCUGUUGGAACUACAACAAGCAUUCUCAAUGUCGCAACUCCCACUGCAACUUCCCCCACAUCUGCGGUUUCUGUAAAGGCCAGCAUCCAGCGUUCAACUGCAAAUUCUCCAGCAAAGACGAGGCCGACAAAGCUCUGGCAACCAAACCCCUCCCCCCCAAUAGAAAAACAACUUAGCUCCCCUGUCACCCCUAUCAAUAUACCUAUCUUGGCUCCAUUCCUGUUGGGUUAUCCUUUUGCAGAUUACUUGAUCCAAGGUUUCCUACAUGGUUUUAAACUGGGUUACCACGGCCCUCGCCUCGCCACGUCUUCAUCCAACCUCAAAUCCUGCUUUGACCAUCCUGACCAGGUCCGCAUGAAAAUACAGAAGGAAUUAGAUACCGGUCGUGUUCGUGGACCUUUUCCUUUCCCUCCUUUUACGAAUUUACGCAUUAGCCCCAUUGGUUUGGUUCCUAAAAAAGCCGCAGGUCAAUUCAGGAUGAUUCAUCACCUUAGCUACCCGAAGGGCAGUUCUGUUAACGACUUUAUUGACGAGGAUUUGUCUACGGUCAACUACAGUUCCUUCGAUGAUGCUGUCGCACACCUACUAGAACUCGGCCAAGGUACACUUUUCAGUAAGACGGACAUUGAAUCCGCUUUCCGCCUCAUCCCUAUUCAUAACUCUGAUCACCACCUUCUUGGUUUCAAAUUUGAUGACAAUUACUACUUCGAUACUUGCCUACCAAUGGGUUCUUCAUCUUCUUGCGCCAUUUUCGAACGUUUCAGUUCUGCUCUUCACCACAUUGCCAAUAAUGUCCUUCAUAUUCAUCAUAUGGUUCAUAUUCUUGAUGAUUUCUUGAUAAUGGGCCCAUCCAACUCUUCCACAUGCCAGACUGAUUUAGACAACUUCUUACAAUUUUGUGCCCUUAUAGGGGUUCCAAUAAAACACGAAAAAACUGAAAAUGCCACCCCUAUUAUUACUUUCAUGGGUUUAGAACUAGACUCUUUGCUUAUGGAAGCUCGAUUGCCUCAUGACAAAUUGAUUAAGCUACGUUCUCUUCUUGCCUCUGCUUCUAAAUCCCGAAAAAUCACUUUGAGAGACCUACAGUCUUUGCUCGGCUUGCUAAAUUUCUGUUGCCAGGUUGUUCUACCAGGUCGUUGUUUCUUACGCCGUUUGACCGACCUCACCAGAAAUGUCUCCAAAGCACACCACCGGAUCACUCUAUCCCGGGAGAGCCGAAAAGAUCUCCACGCUUGGCAUUUAUUCGUUGAUCAUUUCAACGGCCGCAAUUUGCUCCUACAUCAACGAUGGGUUUCAUCUGUUUCCCUACAUUUGCAUACAGAUGCAUCCGGAUCCCUUGGUUACGGCGCUAUUUUCAAUUCUCAUUGGUUUUACGGCACUUGGCCUUCUCUUUGGCAGCCCAACGACAUUACUUUCAAGGAACUACUGCCCAUAGUUUUAUCCCUUGAAAUCUGGGGCCCACAGCUCAUCAACAAAUGCAUUACCCUUCAUACUGAUAAUGCAGCUGUUGUUCACAUCAUUAAUAAACAAACAUGCAAAGCUGCUCCAGUUAUGUCACUCGUCCGUCGUUUGGUCUUGGCCAGCAUGAAAUUCAAUAUUCUUCUCCGAUCGGAACAUAUAGCGGGCAAACACAAUCAUUUACCUGAUCUUCUUUCUCGUUUGCAGAUCGAGAAAUUCCACAUGUUGGCUCCACACAUGGACAGGCACCCCACCACAGUUCCAGGUCACUUGCUCCAUUGAACCAAGCGGUGUACACCCUUCUUGAAUCUUCCCUGGCACCUUCCACAAAAUCCAGCUAUCAGAAUGCUCUUAAGCACUACCACGUCUUCCACCAUACAUUUUAUGCACAGACACCGUUACUUCCGGUUUCCGCUGAACGCCUUGCUCAAUUCAUUGCUGUUUGUAACAGCCGCGGUCUACAAGCCUCCACCAUAACUUCUUACAUUUCCGCCAUAAGCUACGUCCACAAACUACACAAUAUGGCUGUUCCCGCUGACUCAUUCCUCAUCAAGAAAUUACUUCACAGUCUACGUCGUAAUAAAUGUUCAGACAUUAGACAACCUUUCUCUCUAGCACAGCUCAGCGCCCUGUUAACUGCCCUAAAACAUGUAGUAUCGGAUCAUUUUACGCGUACCCUCUUGCGUGCAAUGUUCCUCCUGGCCUUUUUCGGACUCUUUCGUGUUGGAGAAAUUGCAUAUUCCCCAAAAGGCUCCCAAAACCUAGUCAAACGUGAGGAUGUUUCAUUUCAAUGCUGCAACUCUAUGGUUUCCUCGUUUUCUAUAAUUCUGAAACAAUAUAAACAUUCCCAAGGACGGCCUUCUGCUGUCCCUUUUUCCCGUCAACCCACCCGCCAUUUAUGUCCCGUUCACUCUCUUUUGCGCUAUUUAUCGCUUACAUCCCACACUUCUGGCCCCCUUUUUGUGCUCCGCACCGGCCUACCAAUCACCACCACUUAUUUUCGAUCGAUACUCCGAGCAUGUGUGCUGGCUUGCCAUUUAGAUCCCCAAACGUACACAGCACAUUCUUUUCGCAUUGGUGGAGCUACUCUUGCUUCCAAUAAUCACAUGUCCGCCUGUGACAUCCAAAAGUUAGGCCGUUGGAAAUCCUCCGCUUAUAAGAAGUACAUCCGCACUCCCACCCUUCCCUUGGCCUCCAGUAGCCAGGAAUCGGUAUCCAUUCAGCCAACAUAUACUUUGAAUUCUCCACCUUCUCUUCCUUAAACACCCAUUCAUUCCAUUACUUCUUGCACCGAUCUGACAGUUUGGGCUGCAGGUCUAUUAUUUACCGUUCGCAGGCCUUGUUCUGACAGUUUAAGGCUGCAGAUCUAGUUACCUGUAUACAUUAUGUGCACCCCCAGUGUUAUGACAGUUUAACGCCUCGACCUGACAGUUUACGGCUGCAGUUCUCGAGAUGUUCAUUUCCUGCUGGAGUCUGACAGUUUACGAAUGCAGUCUUUCCAUUACAUGUCUUAUGUAGAUAAUUAUCUGACAGUUUAAGGCUGCAGAUGUUCCCCCUUUUAAGUUCCCUGCAUGGAUCUGACAGUUUAAGGCUGCAGGUCACCAUAUAUAUGUUAUCUCUUGCUCUGUGAACACCGUUACCACUAUGCAUUUAUUCUGUAUAUUCUGUAAAUAUUUGUUUUUGAGUUUUCUCAAUGAGGGAAAUUCUGACAGUUUAAGGCUGCAGAUGUUCCCCUAAUAUGUUCCCUGCAUGGAUCUGACAGUUUAAGGCUGCAGGUCACCAUGUAUGUGUUACCUUUUCCUUUGUAUACGCCAUAUACAUUUCUGCUGUAUAUUCUGUAGAUGUUUGUUGUUUUGUUUUUUCUCCAUGUCUUGCCAUGUUUUUUUUUUUAUGCCAGUUCACAUUGUAUAUAUUUUAUUAUGCUCUACAUGUUCAUCUUCCGUACAUUUAUAGUCGACGGUUUAAGGCCGCGGCGACCUGUUCUGUUGUAAUUAUUUUUGUAUUUUUAAUUUUCAGUAUAACGGUUUCAACCAUCUUUCACUUUAAUUCUCUGUUGAUUUCCCUCUCUUUAGCCAAUUUAAGAACACUGGGUUGAACCAAUCCCAGUCUAGUCUCUCUGGGUGGCGUAGGAUUCUCCUGUUGGCGGUUUUAUCCACCCAGAUAUGAUCUUUUGGAAAAACUACAUGUAUAUAUAUAAUAGUUUAGAACACUUUUAUGGCAUUUUGAAUAAAUGCCCCUUUUUUCAUUCAAUCAACGUGUUUGUUUUUCCCUUCGUCCAUACUAGUUCGCCUUAGACUGGUUUUUCGUUCUACCUAACCAUGGUCAAUAUAUAAAUGAAAUUUUAUGGAAAAACAUAAAAUCAUUUAUAAACUUGAACAAUAACCUAUUAGUUGUGUGUCACCUUUUUAACCGUUAGGGUAUUUUCUUAGCAUUGUUUAUUAUCUUUAACCAAUCAUUUGACUAGAUUUUAUCACGUGACACGCCUAAGCCAAUGACAUUGUUUCUUGGCCAUUCUCAGAUAUUUUUCGGCGUGGGUGAUUGCCUCGCCAAACUUAUUAAAUUUUUGAUUACCUCCUCCUCCCCUCCUCCUCCUAUGCGGUUUGAUUAUAGAAUAUUAUUAUUUCAUUUUAUUUACAUUCUUUCCUUUUCAUGAUUUCUAUGUUUAACUUUUAUUUCCUUUAUGUAAAACCUACAUUUGUAUAUAUAUUAAUUCUUAACACUUAUGGGGCGGUUUUAUCCACCCAGAUAUGAUCUUUUGGAAAAACUACAUGUAUAUAUAUAAUAGUUUAGAACACUUUUAUGGCAUUUUGAAUAAAUGCCCCUUUUUUCAUUCAAUCAACGUGUUUGUUUUUCCCUUCGUCCAUACUAGUUCGCCUUAGACUGGUU